AUGCGUUGGUGGAGCUUCAUAUGGCUAUUUUUAGCCCUUGUUAGCUUUUCAGAGCAAAAGGAUUUCAGCCCCAAGAUUUCCAUACUGACUAGAAAAAGGAUUUCCAGCGAUGUAGUGUACUUUGACGACUCCAGUAACAUUCUUGGACUCUCCAAAGACGGCGAGCUUAGCAUGUCCUUUGACGAUGGUGCCAAAUGGCAAGUGGUUGAGGAAACCAAGGGCAAGAAAAUUGUUGCCUAUGAGAUUGAUCCGUUUGUUAAAACUCGAGGAUUUGCGUUCACAGAUGGUAAAGACCAGUUUGUAACUCAGGAUAGCGGAAAAAGCUGGAAAAAAUUUCAAUUGGUGGAUUCAAAUAAGAAACCCGCAGAUAUGGAUAGCGAACCCCACGUUAUCUUUCAUGCCCAAAACCCCGACUUGGCACUCAUUGAUUACUAUAGUUGUCCUCACAAGGGUCCAUUAUCGGCAAAAUGCAAGCGGAAACAUUAUUAUACCACCGAUGGCUUCAAAUCGAGUCCUAAGGAAUUGCCAACUGAUGCAGAAGUGUGCCGGUUUUUGAGGUCCACGAAAGACUUUCAAGAAGGCAAGGAAGAAGCACUCGUAUGCUCUCUUAACGAUGUUAACUCUUUUGGUAAUAUCGUAGAGUCGACCAUAAUAUCUUCGGACGAUUUCUUCAAAACACUGAACAAGUUGAGCCAUAAGAAGGGCAGGUCUGGCUCGAUUCUUGACAUUAAAGUCGAAAGCGACUUUAUCAUUGCCGUGAUUCAGAACGAUAAGUUCAACAGAAAUUCAAAGGUUUCAAUGCUAGUCUCUAAAGAUGGCAAAAACUUCCAUGAAGCCGAUGUGCACAUUGACGUUGCCUAUGGUGUCAUGACAUUUUUGGAAUCGUCUCCCUCAGCCUUAUUUUUGUCUGUUCUCGACUAUUCCAGUCAUCUCAAGAAAUUUUCUUUAUCAACUGUCUACAAGUCUGACUCUUCUGGCUUGAGAUUUUCCAAAAUCUUGGAUCGAGUACAAGGAAACAGCGUUGAGAAGGUUCUGAAAAUCGACGGAGUAUGGAUUGCAAAUCGCGCAGAGGAAGAAAGCGAUGAGAAGGAGCACAGUCUUCUUGACAUGCUUAUGGGUGGUGGUCUAAACGCCAAUAUCAAGACCAAAAUGUCGUUUGAUGAUGGUGUGUCGUGGCUGCCUCUUAAGGUUACGGACGACAACUGUAAAGUCGACGAUGGUUGUUCUCUCCAUUUACUCUCUCCCAACGAGCGAGAUGGAUCAGGCAAGUUCGUUACAGGUCCAGUUCCCGGAAUAAUGAUGGGCGUUGGUAGCACCGGUGAUCAUCUUGAUAAGAGCCUUCACAAAAUGCUGACUUGGAUUUCGAGAGACGGUGGUGCGACCUGGAGUAGUGCUAUCGAUACACCAUGUCUGUUUUCCUUUGGAGAUCAAGGAAACGUCAUUUUUGCUGUACCUUAUUACGGCAAGGAAAAGAUGAGCACGGAUGUAUACUACUAUUCGACUGAUCAAGGAAAGACCUGGGAAAAGGGAAAACUCGAAAAGCCAAUUUACCCUCUCAUUGUUUCCUCAAUGACAGACGCUACUGCGGCAAAGUUCAUACUCACGGGCAUUUACGAUGACACUCCAGAAAACGAGAAUGAUUCAGAGUUUUCUGAGGUGGUUUAUGCUUUGGACUUUAGUGAUGCAUUUGGAGGUAAAGUGUGUAACAAAAACGAUUUUGAAGAGUUUUACGCCCGGGUUAACGACAAGGGAGAUCCAAUUUGCAUUUACGGCCACAAGGAGAAAUUCAAAAGAAGAAAGCAAGAUGCUCAAUGUUUUGUUAACAAGAUAUACGAAGACGUGGAAACGAUCGAAGAACCAUGCGAGUGUACUGAAUUGGACUUCGAGUGUGGUGAGGGUUUCGAACUCCACGACGGCAAGUGUGUUGAGAAUGCCAAAAAAAUCGGCCAUAUGUGUCGCCAUAAUAAAGCUAAAGAAUUGUCUUUAGCAAACAAAGUUAAAAUUGAUGGCACAAAAUGCAAAAUGGGCAAAAAAUCGGAGAGUGAUUUUGUUCUGAAACAAACUUUCAAGUGCAGUGACUACGUUGGCCAUGGCCAUAACCAUGAAGGAGGCGGAACAGACCUAGAGAUCAAUAGCGAACUCAACACCUUUGACGCAAACUUGAGGCAGUAUACUUAUCUUGAGCAAGGGGAGGAUUAUACCGGUGAAAAUGUUGUCAUGUUGACCGAUGACGACAGUGCUUGCAUUUCAAACGAUGGAGGAAUUCAUUUCAAGAAAGUUCCAGUCAAUGAUAGAAUCAAGGCAUACCAUGUUGGAUUUGUUCCUGGCCAGUUGAUUUUGGUUACUGAUGGAGAUACAAUUUACGUAUCUGACGACGGAGGAAAUUCCUUUGUCAAACGUAGAGCUCCAACUGACCUGGUUAACUUGGUCCGCCUGAUUUCCUUCCAUAAAACGGACCCUCACAAGUAUAUUUGGUAUGGAGGUGAUUGUGGAGGAAAACUGUUUGAUUGCGAGAUAUCCGCUUAUAUUACCAAGGAUGAUGGACAAAGCUUUGAUAAGUUACUUGAUAAUGUUGUUACUUGUGACUUUGUUUCUCCAUUUUUGGAAGAGGAAAAGGUGAAAAAUAAGGACUUGAUUUAUUGCACUGUUCGUAACAAAUCAGGUACUCUGAAGUUGGUAUCAUCCACUACCAAUUUCAAAGACAGUAAGACUCUUCAUGAAAAUAUAGUGGGAUACGCAAUCUCGGGAAAGUUCGUUAUUGUUGCUUCGAUAGACGAAAAGGCCAAGUCUUUGAAGGCUAAAGUGACAGUAGACGGCGAAACUUUUGCCGAUGCAGACUUCCCUCACAAUUUUCAUGUGGCCGCUCAAGAAGCUUAUACUGUACUUGAUUCCGUUUCACAAGCAGUUUUCAUACACAUUACCACCAACAAUGAAAGAGGAAAAGAAUACGGCUCCAUCCUCAAAUCCAAUUCGAAUGGUACUGAUUAUGUAUUAUCAUUGGAUCGGGUUAACAGAAACGAGGUUGGCUAUGUGGACUACGAUCGGAUUGAAGGCAUUGAGGGACUCAUGAUAGCAAAUGUUGUUUCAGACACAGGCAACUCGAAAGAGAAAAGUCUUAAGACCAAGAUGACUCAUGAUGAUGGUGCAGAGUGGAAUUAUAUUGUUCCUCCAACGACCGAUUCCAAAGGAAAGAAAUACCCAUGUUCAGGACAACUGCUCAAAAAUG